AUGGAUCAACUUCUUCGCAACGCUGCAGCCCUGGGCUGUGUUUUUAUGCUCCAGCAACAAACUAUGCAACAAGACGCAAUAGCCCUUCAGGUCCUGAGAAAGAGGCUGAGAAAAAGGCGAAGAAGACCACGUCGUUAUUGGGUUCGACCAUGGCUGCAAGCUGAGAGAAGGCUGUUAUAUGGGCACUACACCAGACUCUUGAAUGAACUAAGAAUGGAGGAUACAACGGCAUUUUUCAAUUUCUUGAGAGUUACGCCAGAAUUUUUUGAUGAACUACUCCAGAGACUCGCACCAAGACUCACGAAGGACGAUACCAAUGCCAGGAGAGCCCUUGAACCUGGUCUCAAGUUAGCCUGUACCAUAAGGCACCUUGCAGCUGGCGAUCGGUAUCCGUCACUGUCAUACAGUUUCAGGGUUGCUCGAGAAACCAUUUGCAAGUUUAUCCCCGAAGUCUGUCAAGCCAUAGUGGAUGAGUAUGCUAAUGAAGUGAUCCAGUGUCCCACCACUGAACAAGAAUGGCGUGCAAUUGCUGAAGAAUACGAGAGGCGUUGGAACGUUCCACAUGUAAUGGGGGCACUUGAUGGCAAGCACGUGGCACUCAGGAAACCAGAGAACUCCGGCAGUCUCUACCAUAAUUAUAAACAUUUCUUCUCAGUAGUCCUCAUGGCACUUGUUGAUGCUAACUACCGGUUCUUGUGGAUAGACACCGGUGCUCAAGGACACAUGUCUGACGCGCAGAUAUACAAUGCAUCUGAGCUCAAAGAGACAGUGGAGAGUGGUCAAAUAGGAUUCCCCCCACCUGAGCCAAUGACCAAUGACAACCAGAACAUGCCAUACUUCAUGAUCGGGGAUGACGCCUUUGCUUUGCGAACCCACAUGUUUAAGCCCUACUCGAGAAAGAACCUGAAUCGUACAGAGCGGAUAUACAACUAUCGCAUAAGUAGAGCCCGAAGAGUCGUGGAAAAUGCCUUCGGAAUACUAGCAGCCAGAUUCCAGUGUCUUCUAGGAACACUACAGCAACAACCUGAUGUUGUGCGUAACAUCAUAGAAACAUGUGUCUGUCUCCACAACCUGAUUGGAAUACGGCACCCAGCCAUGCGCCAUGGUCAGCUGGAUACAGAGGAUACCGACCAUAACAUCAUACCAGGAGAAUGGAGGAACAUGGCUCCCAUGCAUGAAGUACCAACUCCAAGAGGACCCUUCCGCGACACAGCAGAGGCCAAAGCACAGCGUGAAACCCUAAGACUGUACUUCAACAAUCCUCUUGGAGGAGCAGUUCCUUGGCAGGAGAGGAUGAUUUGA